AUGCAGGAAGUGCAAUUAUACGUCUGGAUCGUAUCGGUCUCUCGUACCAUCGGCGUUCGACACUGACAGCUAGUCGUUUUUCAAUCAAAGUUGAAGGUCUCAAAGUAGAGCUCCUACGAAAACAAAGAUGUGUAUCAUCACAGACUACUUCUCCGGCUGAAUAUGGAAAGACCACAACACUCGCUCAACUCAAUCCUUCGCCUAUGAUGCGUCGCUCAUGGUCCUUUAUUUGUUCUGCCCUCACAAUGAUAUAUUCUCUGGUGGAACCCUACGUACGGCCCGCUGUGCGAACCUUUAUGGUCUCCACUCUACGUAUGGGUAUCCGUGCACUACCUGCCUUGACGCAAGUCCUUGAUCUCGAGCUGAGUUCAGCUACUGUCACUCUAGAUAGUGUGGUUGGUGCCGAACUUAGUUUGCAAAGGGCGACGUUAAGCAGUAACGUCAAACUUUCGCAAAUUAGCUUGCCUUCGAGAUCUCAGGAGAAGGAGAUUGGCGAGAAAGCAGGACACAAACGCUUUGGAAGUGUGAUUCAAUGGAAUGCACGGUUGAAGAACAGUUUGCGGCGAAGUUGGGAUCGUGCAUGGGGUACGACUGAAGUCCAAGCCUCUGUUGCUUUGACUAUGGAGAACUUGUUAAGCCAAGCUUCACGUUCGCUUGUGGCUACAUUGAAGAUCACUCCUCCUGCCGAGGAACAGAUGGUGUUCUGCAAGAUUCCGAGCUUGACACUUGACAUGUCUGCCCGUCUGGAUCCCCACCAAGGCAUUCAUCAACAUACUCUGGAGCUUGCGUUGGGCUUAGACACUAUCAUGAUUGACUACUUUGUCCUGGAUCGAGUGUUGCAAGUGCUGAAGACCAAUGAAAUGGUCAAUCCCGGUUUCGCGGCCCCUGCCCGUGUACUCGGCUCUCCGCGCUCUCCUAGGGUUGCAUGGGCGUCCUCCAUAUCUGGGAAUUCGCCUCUCAUGGGUGUCCUCUCUGCAUCGAUGCGAUUUCGUCGGAAUCUCAAGAAACCCCCGGUGCGUAAGCUGGAUACUCGUGCGAUUGUGUCAAAACUGUCAUCUCUCAAAUCGGUUCAACUCAAUGUAACUCAAAUUACGAUCAAGCAUCGCGCAGAAAUAGGCCCUGAUCGUAAUACUGCUACGCUUGACAUGACGCUCCGUCGAGUCAACAUCAACGCUGCUUUGAGUCAUCCCGAUCGUAAUCCAUUGCAUCGCGAGUGGUUGGGUCGAAACGCAGCUCCAGGAGACCCUUUGAGCGCCAAUGUGUAUGCCUUCGGGUUGUCAAUUCGUGAAAUAACGCUAGAUCGGAUUGGUUCUGGUGCAGUCUCUGAUCACCUGCGGCUAGUUGGCCUAGGACCGUUGACCGUCGAGGCUGUAGCAUCACAGUGGCCUGCACCAUGGCUUCGUGGUCCUACUUUCAUGACCGGAGACCCUAAUGCGCAAGUAUUGCUCAUCCAGGUUUCACUGGAUAAAGUUGAAGUGACCGAGCGUCUCGAAGUACUGCAGGCCUUCCUCGAACGCAGGAAAUCAACCAAGGUGCACCCUGGCACAAAGCCGUCGUUGCCAGAGAUUUUAUCGCCUGUCCCCAGAAUCCAGCUUGGCAUACAUGUUGGUUCUGUUUGUGCCGGUCUGAUUUCUCCAACGCCUGAAGUGAAUGGCAAACCGUUCGCAUUGGAGUUGCGCACCGAUGGUUUUGUGUUGACUGCACAAUCGCAGUUCUUCAUGCUCCUCGAUAAUCAGUCUUCCAAGGAAAUCAAUGCACCGGAUUAUCCACGAAUACGGAUGGAUUUCGGCUUCCACCUAGUUCUCCAGCGUACUUUCGUGACCACGAGGAUGGGAGUCCAUGCAGAUUUCGAGGACCAUAUAUUGGGAAUAUCAAGCCUUCCUGGAGAGCCAGUCUUUUCGUUGGACAUUUUACAGAUCAUGAGUAACGGGCGGGCAUUGGGCCAUGCAGCCGAAGUCCCUGGUAUCAUUGUAUUCAUCAACACGUCUUCCAUGUACAUGCGGACACAAAUAUCUGCAGAUGCGCUUUCCAUAGAACUCUGGCAGCCAGACGCAAUUGUUGCAUUGACUGCGACAGCGCAUGCGCUGACUGCGACGCCCUCGGAGCCAGCGCAAACUGCGAGCGGACCAUUGCUUGACAGGAUGCCUUCUGGUCUUGACGUAUCUCUAUCGGUCGCGCGGCUGAUGCUCUACGUUACAGGAAAGGAUCUCACCCCUGACGAUGACCUUGGGAUUUCUCGAGGACUGGCUACUCGCACUGGCUUAUCUCUUCACUACUGCUCACUCACUGGACAGCAUAUUCAGCAUAUCAAACAUCUUACGACUGAACGAGAAAUUCGUCUGAAAAUGUCCUUACCCGAUGAACCGAUAUCAACAGCUUACAGUCGCACGACCACGCCUGGGUCAGAUCCAGCCAUGGUUGCAGUCUUUCUACAAGCUAAAGUGUGGAAGGUAGCCUUGCGAGAUGCUGUGGCGACUCCGUUGGCCGCUGAUGAACCUUAUGGAUUUGAAGAUUCCGGCGUGCCUGACGGUACCAAGGAAUACCUUACAAUCCGCGAAAUUGUUGUAGACGCAGCUAUCAGUGGGUAUCGUGACAAGGGCUUGCCUCGUAAUGAUACUGCAGCCCAUUGUCAUGCUGCAGUAUCUGUGUCUAGCGUAAGAGGUGCUCUACAGCUUGCCCAGAUAUACAAUAUGCUGCUAGCAGCACAUACUGUGAGCAGGAUAGUCCCAACACAGACACGCGCCGAAGCACCAUCGCCAAGAGUCGAUACAAUACACUUUUCACUCUCGUACUCUGUGGAUCACGCACAUCUGUUAUGGGAUUUCCCGCUCAAGAGCAGAUUAUAUACACGAAUGCGUUCAAUCUCUGGCAAGAUUACACCAGAAAAACAUCAUAGAUUUUCUUGGAAGUCUGCGAUAUUGGCGACCACUGUUGAUAGGGAGGAAGACGGGAAACCACGCGUGCGCUGGGAGGAAGUGGCUCGAUUGCUCAAUUUUACUGUCGACGUUCUGCCUGAUGUCAAGCCUACUUCUAUAGCCGUUGUCGGCGACAGUGCUCGUCUCCGCAUUCCUUUCGGUUUUGUGCUCGCAGACUUUAUACUCGACAUCAACAUCUCAAUCAAGUGCGUAAAGCACCUCGUUCACAUGGUGCCCUCAGGCCAGUACUCCAAUCCACUCACCCCGGAAGCCGAGGAAGCGAAAGUGAUGCCAGACUUGGUUAUGAGGAUUGGAUGUUUAUCCGCAGAGGCUGCUGACGAAGAUCUUGAAUCCCGAUUGGCACUGAUUUGGAGGGCCGGGUUCGAAGCGUCUCGUCUAAGACACGAACGGGAAGAGGCCUUCCGUGCCAAAGUUGCCACUAUCCUAGCUGCCGAGAAACAGGAAUCAGCAUCUCGGGACCUGGAAUCAGACUUCCAGUUCUCGUCGGAGCAUACUAUAUCAAUUGCUGAAGCUCGCGAACGUCUCGAUCGUCUACAUGCAGGCACAUGGAAGUCACGUUUCCGUCAAGCUCAUGUUCAUCAGCAACGCCGUGAGCAGAUGCAGACGAGGAAAACUGGAGGUACCGUGCCACUAUAUGGUGCAGAUGAAGAUGAUAUGGUCGUGGUCAGGGAUCCAUUACCUGUACCUCCCCUAUUCCGGAUUACUCUCGAUCAGUUAUCCUUAAGACUUACAGGGCCGUCCUUCCCAUCAGAGGGUAUUCCAGAGUUCCUAUUCAACGAAGGGGGUGGACUCCCGCGCGAUACUCAAUAUUCUCUCCUGGUUCCCAUGCACCUCAGUUUCUCUGUAUCGUCUCUCCGUGUGGCAUAUCGUGAAUAUCCGUUGCCUUUGCUGAACAUUCCCCCGCAUUCCAAUGAGAAUCGAUUUAGCCUGGAAUUCGACAGCGACGUCAUUAUCGCUGAGGAGAUGGGAACGGCGCAUUCUGUAUAUUGGGUCGACUGCGCUAUCCUUCAACCCGAUGUGGGUAUUUACGGUGCCUCCCCACUCACAAUACCAGUCCCAAAAACGAUCAUGCCUGUCAAGAGCUAUGCAAAACCGGUAGUUCGGGUCACAACCGAUAAUGUAUCUGAUUUUGCCUGGGGUGUCAGUUACAGCCCUGCAACCCAGGAUUUCAUGCGUAUUGUUGAUACCCUAUCCCAUGCGCCUCGUGAUCAGUCACCUCCAAUCGGAUUCUGGGAUAAGUUGAGACUCAUAUUCCAUUGGCGUCUUCGCGUUUACUUUGAUCAUGAGGUGCACCUGCACAUGAAAGGUUCUCGUGAUCCCCAUGAUCUACGUGGUUCCGGACCUGGUUUUGCAUUAUGCUGGAGAGGUCGGCCAAAGUUGCUCAUUGGCCAACCGAAUGAGCAAAAAGAACUCUUCCAGGUGCUUAGUGAUUCCAUGUUAAUAACAGUCCCAAACAUGGAGGAGUCAUUUGGUGAAGCUUCAACCGCCGGUACGAGACCUGAGCCAGCGAUGGCAGAUCGCCCACAAUAUCAUCUACCUGGAAAAUCCCGAAAAUACCGUAAAGUAUGUGCAAAGUUCACGUCUGGCGUGCGCUUUGGCAUCGGUAUCGCUUUGGAGAGAUCUUGUGGCCCAGAGUGUCUCACUUGUUCGGGACGACCGUUUCAGAGGAAAUGCCGCUUUUUUAACUUCCGCCCCCACUAUGAGGUUAUGCUCGAACAGAAACCUAGUAGGCCGAUCGAGAAGUCCUUGGAUGACUCGUACAAUACCUUCCGAUCAGACUUCAUUCAUCUUUCUUUGUCUCUCGCAUCGUCUACCAGCACUGACCGCACACGCACCUUCAGCAGCAUACAUUUGUCUCCAAAAUUGUUUGCGCAUUUCUGGGCUUGGUGGACAUUGUUUGAUUUCAAGGCGCUUCCUAUACGUCAGGGUGGACGUUACAAUUACAAACGGCCUCUAUCACCUAAAUUCGGCCAGCAUCUAGCCACAAUCAAGUAUCGCAUUGUGCUUCCCAAGCUUUUCAUCUCACACGCAUACAUGGAUGAAUCCAGCGAUGCCUGGGUGGAUGGCGUUACACCCUUCGUUGGGGUGAAAGCGAUGAUAGACACAUUUCAGGCCGACAUGCAUCAGCGAUCACAGGAAAGUACUAUCACGACCCCGAACAGCAGCACGAAGACAGUGGAGCACAAGCCCUUCUAUGCAGUUGAGGUCGUCAUGAAGGGUUUGGAGCUGCGCGCUCUGCUUGCUAUCUUCUCGGAGCCUUUGAAACAGCGUGUCCCUCUCGAGUCGUCUCCUCUUGGUAGUGCAUAUCGGACUCGCGAGAACAUACCCGUCAUUAAACCGGACUCUGUUUGGAUCGAUCUGGAUGAUUUCGUAGAAAUCGACUGGUCGUCUGAGGGCAUCCCUGUGUUGCACCUGCUUCCCGCCGUCUUUUGCCCUCGUUUCACGUAUUUCAAGCGUGCCCAAGAUAAAAAUGUCUCUGGAGAACGAAUCGAUGUUACGAAGUUCGGAAACGAGAACACGCAUGUUUGUCUGUUGGGGACAGAGUCCUCCGUCCCUGAAGUGCAGAUCGACCUGGUUGAAAAGCGAAUCUUAGAACUCAGGGAAUUACUCAUGAGAAAUGGAAGAGAAUCCGAGAAAGCUGGUAUCGCGCAGACGAACACUGACGCACGGAAGAUGAUCCCUCUACUUGAGAACUACGUGAAACACCUCCACAAGGUCGACGCUGCCACCCGGCGUACAAACAAUCGACACAGUUAUUAUAUGCCCUCUGACUCGGUCUCUCCUCAAGAGUGGUCCGAAUUCAGCAACGUAUACCAAGUACACAAUCCUCAAUUAUUUAUGGAUAAUAUUAUGCGCGAUACUCCACAGAUAUUAUUACAAUAUUACUAUUGCUCUCGUGCUAGGAAAGGGUUAGAGUACCAUAUGGCUAGCCGUGCUCUCAAAUUCAUACGUGAUCAAGCGGACAUGGCUAUAGACGCAAGUAAGGCCAAGGCGGAGAAAGGUCGUGAGUCAGCCAGUAGUGCACAUGCAGCGGCCAUGGCAGUUCGCAGAAUGUUCACCGGAGAAGGCGCAUCAAGGGUCGAACGCGUACAUGAGUCAGAUUCUUUGGACAAUAUCGAUCCCAUGAGUGGUUGGUCCGAAGAUGUUGCUCUGCAGAAGAGUCACUUCUGCCUCCUAUUGAAACCGCAGAUUGUUCUUCGAAGUGAAGCUGAUUCAGAGGCUGUCUGUAUCAUGGCAGCUGUGCAAGGGAAAUUGCAGUCAUAUGGUAUACUGGACAUCGCACAUGCAGACGAUCCUAUCAGUGGCAACGUGAUGACGAGAAACUUUGCAUCUAUCAACGGUUUGCAAACCUUCUCACCUUCUGCUACCAACAAGGGCGAGGGUUGCGUUCCGCUAGAAGUCCUUAUCGACCUGCGCUGCGAUAAUUCCUUGUUCGAUCGUCUUGUUCCUCAAACAGAUGCAACCUUCCAUUAUGACAAAUUCAAUCGUUUGCGUAUGCAGAGCAAGGUUAUGUCCGUAGCCCGACCCAGCGAUCGCACGGACCCAAUGCAUGACCAUCUGCAAAAUCAAACGGAUCUCAUUCGCUUUCACGUUCCCCGCUUCACUAUCUCGGCCAACGAUCGUCAUUUCCAAGCAAUUUCGGACAUUGUCACUAAUCUCUUGUUGUUUUCUGACGCGGCAGCCAAGACUCGCUCUGACAGGCUAGACAAGAUGAUCUUCAGUUACGACUUCACAGACCUAUCAUCUGCCGCAGAUGUCGUAUCCAGUCUGCAGGUCCGUCUAAGAAACGCGGUCGAAAUGAAGAAGGAGGCUGAAUGGAAGUUGCAAGGCUUUGGCGAAGAGGGUGAAAUUGAGAAGCUCAAGAUCGAGGCCCAUGUUUUGAUGGUUGCGGAGGAGUUAGAUUUGGUCUUCGAUGCUAUUAGACUCGCCCAGGAGAAAGCUGAGGAUAGGGCGGGCCAAAAGUCUGCUCUCUUACUCCAUGCAUCGUCUUCGGAGAUAUCCUACCGAAUGCUCGACCGGAAAGAUCAACUCCUCGCGAAGCUUGCUGUCCGGGAUAUCGACUUCUAUUGGCUGAACAGGCAGGAUAGUUCAACCUUGAACAACCUGUCGGUUGGCGAUUUGCAAGCGUUCGAUGGCGCAGCAGAUGCGGAGUGGACAGAGAUUCUGUCAAAGUACGAGGAAAAAUCAAAUCAUCCUUGUGUUAAGCUUCUCGUUCAACAGAACCUCUUCUUGCUCGCUGAUUGGACGGUCUUGCCACCUGUCGGAGGGAUCACGAUCUAUGAGGCCUUCGAACUCACUUUGCAUCCGAUUCGUCUCCAGAUUGACACUCGCGUCGGACGGAGAAUCAUGGAAUACGUAUGGCCUGCACGUAGGACCCGCAAGCAAGUCACCACUAAUGAGGCGAGUCAGGAGACUCCAGCUUCCGACUCACCCACGUCUCCCAGACCUUUGAUCUCUCCCAGACGUAAUUCAGUCGAUGCAGUCCCUGUCAGCCCCAGAAAGUCUCUGGAUUCCAAUCGUUUAGCUCCUCCGCCCAUGCGUAGACUCAACACGUCAAGGUCAUUCACUGAUCUACGUAAAAGCGCUAGAUCGGAUACUUUGCAAGUUCCGAGACAACCACAUAGGACACACUCUACUGAUAUGUUGUUUACUGCGGCGUCAUCUGGUUCUUCUGGACAAGCUUCGAAGGGAUCAGACGAGACCAAAGAUAAGGUGGCGGUUUCUAGACGGGAUAUUGAUGAUGCCUCUGAGAUGAAGUACCGAUCGUCUCAAAAGACUUUUGUUUGGGUGAAGGUAGCUAGUCUCCAUUUGUUGCUGAGUAUCAUGAAAGAGAACUCUUUCCUGUGCCGUGAUGCUCGCAUCCACACUCGUGAUCUUGAGUAUCGUAAUCAGACUUGGAGUUUCGAGGAACUGGUGGACCAGUUCAUUCCCUCUGGCCGAAAUUGGAAAGGCUGGCUCAAGAUGGCAUUCCAACAACCUUUAGUUCCAGUCUUACCGGUCGCUCGAGAGCUCAUUUCCAAAACGAAAUGGGGAGGAGCCAAAGCGCAUCAUCCAACAACACAUCAUCACCCGUCACCUGGCAUUAGGCGCAAGGACACUCCAAAGCUUUUGCCCUUCUUCGGACAUUCACGCGACAAAGGCAAUGGCUCAGCACCUGAGAAGCAAUCCGAGGGCGAGACACCAGAAGAAAUAUUAGACAUUCCUUUCUCGACAGAGCCUGAACCAGUCACAGCGGUACCGAUAGACGGACAAAUAGACAAGGCGAAGACACCUCGAGCUCGCAUGCUAAGCAUGUUCAAACGGCAUCAUGGUCCUGCGAAGGUACGAUCUAGUGUUGAUUCUGAUGUCUCUGUCACUUCGACCUCUUCCAUAUCCACUACUCAAUCUGCUCCACCGACACAGGCGGAUAGUGAGAACUCUGACCCCAGCGAGGAAACCCUAGCAUCUAUAUAAUAUAACUGCUUGUUAUUUAAAGGUCCAUCCAAUAUGAUAUUUCAUUAGUCAUGGAAAGGG